CUUUGUGAUCCAUGAAAUAAGUAAUUUUUACCACACUCCUCCCUUUACGGACCAAAGAGUCGUGCUGGCCAUAUAUAGAAUGGCAUCACUCGCCUUUAAACUGUUGCUGUAUUUGGUGACACUUUGCACGUUUCCAAGUUCAACAUUACAAGCGUGUACCCAGUUCACAGAUAUGGAAGCUAAAAUGGCCAAGAAAGGAUACACUUACUGUCCACACAAAGAUGAUGAGUUGUAUAUGGCUGGAUUUACUCGGAAGCAAGGUACUGAUGAUCUGAGGGACUUUAAAACUUUUAUUUGUUGUCAGCCUCCUUUAGAGCACAGAAAGAAGCCUUACACGUGUACGUCAGCUGACUGGGACAUGAGUUUUUCAAGGGAGGGCUGGGCCAUUUGUCCAUCAGGGCAUUUCCUUCGUGAACUUCAUCGUGGUGAAAGCCAUGAACUGAAGAGUAUCAAGUGGGCCACAUGCUGUAAGCCAGCACUUCAUCCUCAUUGGUACAAACAAUGCUAUGAGCAAGACGUUGGGCAAGGCAUGAAGUGCACCAGGAAUGGUUAUUAUGUGGUGGGAAUUCAUAGAGGUGCCUCUGAAAAGCUUUCCAGCAUCAAUAAGCUUAGAUGCUGCAACAUGUAUGAUAGGCCAUUAGUGCUCAAGUCAGUAUUAGACGUCAAGACAAGAAUCAUGGAUAUUACACAAAAUAACCUGGCCUUGUUGGCCAAUUAUCUCGGCUAUGGUUGGGCGAGUGGCUGUCGAGGUAGAGUUGCUGGUCAGGACUUUGUACGGGAAGGUGACUCCUGGAGGUCACAUUACCAGCGAGGAUGUAGCGGAUACAUGUCAACGACUCGUCUGAAAAUCCAUUACGGCAACUUUUCGUUUAGAGUAAAGACCAUUGACUAUGGGAGGCCGGAAAUUGAGUCAAUGAAGCCCAUUGUGCAAGAUGUCGGAGAGUUAAAGAAUCUGGAUUCCCAAACGGUGAAAAGUACGAUAGCAAGACAAAUCAAGACUGUCCGCACUGUGACUCAUUCGUCUUCCACCAGGUUCAAAUCAGGUUGGGGUGCCUCCAUCACUCUCAGUUACAAGUCUCCAGGAUUGGUGGGCGAGGUUGCCACGGGAACCUUCAAGGCAUCUGUGACGUUGUCAGGGGGAAGGGAAAGUGCCCAGUUGAACACAAAUGAAAAUGGUGAUAUUAACUGGGAUAUUGUGCAAGUGAAGGAAUCGCAGAAAACAGAAGGCAACUCAGGUUCUUCGUAUCAAAUAACUACCUCCCAGAAGAAAGUCAAUGUUCCUUACAAAGCCACCAUACAAGUUCAAUUCACUGCUACCCUCGAUGGCUUCCUUGUCUGGGGAGGAGGUCCCAAUGGGGAUAAUCCCAACUACCACGAGAGCUAUCGAGGCUCCGGUGAGCGGCCUAUUUUUAAGUACCAAAUUGGCACAAAGAAGGUACCCUUCUAUAAGUUCUUGAAGCGGGCGAGUCAAAGAGGUGACAGUCCUUGGUUAUGGAACCUAAUGAAGCAGGACUGGCCAUAUGUCAAAACCAUCAUAGACAUACUCACCGACGAGACUCUCUACGAAUUUGAUCUCGAGGGAAAGUUCCAUGAUAUGGCUGGUCUCGAUUUCAAUGUACAGUGGGAUGAUGUAGCAGUCGGGAGCGGUAAUUCUACCAUCAUUGCAUGAAGAAAUGU